AGAUUGAUUAUUUGCGUAAGGCCAAACGCAAGUCCACAUCAACGAAGCAUCCGGCUGCACAUGCUCCUGAAAGCAUGCCAUACAUGUUUCACAGCAGAAGCGGUUGUCGUUUCCAUUGUCAAAAUCAAGCAUUCAUAAUAUGCCGUGUGAAGUGACCGCUCGGUUCUUGAUACUUUACGGAUCUCAGCGUGGUCAGGCUCAAUCCAUAGCGGAAGAGAUUUGUGAACAAGCAGCUGAUCAUGGACUUACAGCAGACAUCAGUUGUCUGAGCAACGUGGAAAAGUACAACGUUGAAAAUGAAACUCGGCCAGUUGUUUUUGUGGUUUCCACAACUGGUGAUGGUGAUCCUCCAGACACAGCUCAGAAGUUUGUGAAAAAGAUCAAGAAUAAAUCUCUGCCACGUGACCACCUCUCCCAUCUGCGUUAUACACUGUUAGCUUUGGGAGACACAAACUAUGCAAAUUUCUGCAACUGUGGAAAGACUAUUGACAGCCAUCUACAGCAACUUGGUGCUAAACGUUUCUAUGCAACCGGGCAUGCGGAUGACGGAACUGGACUUGAAGUAGUGGUGGAUCCUUGGAUUGAAGACCUCUGGGAAGCUAUAAAGAAAAUAUUGGCCAGUAUGUCGACUGUGGGUCAGCAGGCUGCUACCAAUUGUGACUGCACACAGGACAGUUCUCCAAAAAAUGACUCCAACCAGGAAAUAAACAAGUCAGAUGUGGUGGUCGAUUUUCAUCUUCUAAAGCUUAGUGAAGAAGUCUCGCAAAAAGAAAAGCCAGCUAGGACUUAUGGCAGCGAUGCUGCAGAGACUCAUUCUACCACUUUGGUUGCUUCUCUGAAGCAUUCUGUACCUCCAUUGUCACAGACUGUUCUUAAUGUUCCUGCUCUGCCACCUGCAUAUUUGGAGGUCCUUUUGGAGCAGGUGUCAACUGAAGGGGAAACAUUCCCAGCUGAUAAAGAAGGAUAUCGUGAAGUGCCUGUUUCAAAAGCAGUUCAAUUAACUCAAGGUGAUGCGAUGAAAACUGCCAUCUUACUGGAGCUUGAAAUCUCAGAUCAGGACAUGGCUUAUAAGCCUGGGGACUCCUUUGAUGUUCUCUGCCCAAACAGAGAAAAUGAAGUUGAGGAGCUACUUGUGAGACUAGGGCUGCAAAUGCAAAAGAAUAAUGCUGUUCUGCUCCACCUACUAAAAACCACCAAUAAGAAAGCAGCAAAGGUUCCACUCCACAUCCCACAGAACACUUCUUUGGAGUUUAUUCUCACAUGGUGUUUGGAGAUAAGGAGUGUUCCAAAAAAGGCGUUUGUGCGUGCUUUAGCAGACUGCACUCUGAAAAGUUCAGAGAAAAGAAGACUUCUAGAGCUGUGUAGCAAAGAAGGCUCAGCAGACUACAACCGCUUUGUUAGAGAAACCAACGUGUGUGUGCUGGAUCUCCUCCGGGCCUUCCCUUCCUGCCUACCUCCUCUUAGCCUCCUCUUUGAACAAUUACCAAAGCUUCAGCCCAGAGCCUAUUCUGCUGCCAGCUCCAGCCUUCAGUACCCUGGGAAAGUUCAUUUCGUGUUCAAUGUUGUGGAGUUCCCUGCUUGUCCGGAGCAUCCAGCGAGGAUGGGGUUGUGCACAGGCUGGCUGGCUGAUCAUGUCUCCACAAUCUUGCUGCCCCUUGGGACGAGACCAGCUUCAGAGGGUCUUGGCACAUUAGCCCAGCCGAAGGUAUAUGUGAGGCCUCGUCCCAGUAGUACCUUCCGAUUGCCUACUGACCCCUCUGUUCCCAUUAUGAUGGUGGGACCUGGGACAGGCGUGGCCCCCUUUAUUGGCUUCCUACAGCAAAGAGAGAAGGAACGAGAGGCAAACCAAGAAACCACAUUUGGAGAGACAUGGCUCUUUUUUGGCUGCCGUCACAAAGACAAAGACUUUCUUUUCAGAGAGGAGUUGGAGAGAUUUGUCCAUAAUGGAACCCUGAGCCAUCUGAUUGUGUGCUUCUCCCGAGAUGAGACUGAUGCUGUUAACAGACCAAGAUAUGUCCAGCAAAAUUUGGUUAUUCAUGCUAAAAAUGUUGCCAGCAUCCUCCUCAAAGACAAAGGCUAUCUUUACGUCUGUGGGGAUGCAAAGAACAUGGCAAAGGAUGUGAAUGACACUCUACUGGAGAUCAUAGGGAAUGAACUUCAGCUGGAUAAAUUGGAAUCUAUGAAGACAGUAGCAAGACUUCGUGAAAACUAUCAGUAUCUACAGGACAUCUGGAGCUGAGAACAUACGCACACACACGCGCGCAUCAUUUUCAGACACAGAAAUGCCAGCUACUGUUCUGCCAUUUCAGUUAAGAUGUGCACCACAGGUGCCAUUGAGUGAUUUUCAACUGACUUUAUUAGUCUCAAAGGUAUUCACAUUAUUUUUUCUUGUAAGGCUUUUAGAGCAUUAUACAAUAAGAUUAGCUGUGUUUGGUCAAAAUCAUAUCAAUUGUGCCUUUUAUGCAACUAUUAAAGGGAGCCCUUUCAUUUUAUAAACAUUUCUGUGUGGUUUAAAUACAUUUUGCAGGUAAAACAAAAAGUGAAAUAUGCAUAAUGCAUACAAAUCAGAAGGCAGGAGACGGUUUACCAGUCUGCUCAGACUGGAGCACCGCCUGCUAGAAGUGAGAAACAUAAACAUGACAGACUGGAUGAGAAAUCUGUUAGAAGCUGCCACAUUCAGGAUAAUCUUCAGCAUUUUUGUGUUUUUUAAUUCCAACAGUUUUUAAUAAGUACACACACACACACACAGUCAGGAUCAUGUGUCGCUCUCUCUCUUGUCUGGCGGCCUGGAUUGCCCUUUAAAUCCCUCUCCACUCUGACUGCAAACAAAAAACCCUUACCGUAAUCUUUCAGCCUCACUGAGAAGAGGGCUCGCCGGCCCCGGAUACACCGCCAUAUGGUCCUCAGCCAGCUGGACCACCCCAUUCAGUGACACGCCGGUCAGUGAAACUGGACCCACUCCGCUGUCCCUUUUGGUAGCCAGGUGAUGCACUGCUCAAGUACCAUCAGAUCGCGUAGCUCUUUGGCGUCGUGAUCUUCAGGCAGCGUCCCCCCUCCGCAGGCGUAAUGGAGCUGUCGUGAUAAGGCGAACGGAUGGGCGUGCUUCCCAUGCAUCAAUUUCCAGAAGCGCUGGCGAUGCUGCUCCAGGCUACGGCCAACCUGCUGCAAGAUGGCUCAUUUCAGAUCCUCGUACACCAGGAGAUUGUUGACCGGAAGUUGAUGGUCCGCAAGCUGGGCUUCCCAUCAGCAGCGGCAGUAAGCGGACUGCCCACUGGGAGUCCGGACACUUCCACGCCUCCGCCAUCCACUCAAACAGCUCAAUGAAAGCCUCGGUGUCAUCUCGCGGUCCCAUCUUCGCCAGCGUGGCUGUAGUCGCAGUGGAAGAUCCCUUCUGGAGUACUAAGCUCCAUAACACCUGCCGGUCCUCCGCUUGAGCCUGGACCAGCACCUGGAAUCACAGCUCCUGUUCCACGCGUAGCUCAAGGAGGGCCUAAUGUUGAGCCUGCUGGAUGCUGGCGAGGGUCUUGAGGAGUUCGGCUAGUGGAGAGGACUCCAUGACAUUUCCUUCCUCCAAACAAAUUCCCAGGUUUCAAGUCUCAGGUGAACAGUCAAUGUAAAUCUUUAUUUUUACAUGCUCCAGUUUAUCCCAAAGCUUCUGCUUUCCAACAGACACAUACACACACAUACAGUCAGAGUCAGAAUUGUGUGUUGCCCUCUCUCUUUCGGUGGCCUAGAUUCCCUUUUAAAUCCCUCUCCACUCUCACUGCAAACAAAUAACAGCUGUGUCAACAGGUGUCAGUCCUUACCGUACUUGCUGUCUCGGCCUCUCCACAGAUGUCGAUCGGCCACACCCCCAUCACCACAAUACACAUUUGAGCAUUCGAAACCAGCUGCCUUUUAGUCAUUGGGCACCAAACUGACUUGGCACUGAAACUAUAAAGACUGGAUUUCUUUAAUAUCAGUUCUUUGUCUUUAGCACCAACUACCUGAACUCUAGGUACCUGAAGUGCCCAUCAUUUUGGCUUCCCUCAAAAAAAAUGUUGUUCUAUCUUUUCUAAAUUACUGUGUGGUUAAAUAUAAUCAUCAGUGAUAUUUUCAGCUUUUCUCAGACCUUUAUCUUUAUUUCCAAGUCUGGUCGUAUUAUUCAUCAUCUUCAUGACCUUUCUUUACAUGCGUCUCAGACAACUCUUGUCUCAGUUGUUAUUGCAUAAGAAGAGACUUGAGUUUUCUGCUCUGUCUGUGUUUUUGCUGUCUGGUAAACACUCAUUGUGCACAAGGACUCUUGAUGGCAAUGAUUCACGUAAACAGUCCAGAGGGUCAGCAGGCUAAUGAGACAAUGUAUUCAUGAAUGAAGAAUUAUAGAAUCCGCCUGCCCCAGGAGGUUAUGGAGUGGUUAUGAACACAAACCUUUAAUGGAAAGUUCACCCAAAAAGAAAAUUCUCAUAAUUUACUCACCCCCAUUUUGUUCCAAACCUUAUAUGACUUUCGUCCAUGGAAUACAAAAGUAGAUGUUAGACAGAAUGACUGACUCAGUCAACAUUCACUUUCAUUGUGGGGGAAAAAAGAAGCAAUGAAUGUGAUGCUGACUGAGGCUGUUACUCUGCCUAACAUCUAAUUUUCUGUUUCAUGGAAGAAAAUGUUUUUUGUAACUACAAAGAGUGGGCACAUUUUGACAGAAGCUUCACUUUUGGGUGAAGUCAUGAACAUCGAACUCCUUUGGAUUAUAAAUGUCCUGGUGCUCAAGAGUGUUCUCAAGCUUUCAGUAUGAGCAGUGAUUAGUUUUAACUGCAGUGCUUAAAAUGUAAAAUGCUCUAGAAAUUUUAUGUGCAUAAAAUCUUUGAUUAGAAGCCAUGAAUGUGGGUUUUAUACAAAAAUGAUCUUGACCAACACCACUUGAACAACAUAAACACCAUUUUAAAAGAAGCAAAGCAAGGAUUAAUUGGAAGCAAAAUCCAAAAAAAGUCAUCCCAGAUGCUUAUUCUACAGAAUAUGCAGUGUCCCCAAAAAGCUUGUGUAUUUGUACAUUUAAGCCACACCUAAGAAAUUAUGCAAGACCUUUUCUCAGAACUAUAACUUCACUUUUCACUGCCAUUUUUGCAAUUCAUUUUAACCAACUGAUCCAAAGGUGAUUUUUAGAUUAUGCAUAAAGUUAAUUCCCCGUGAAGUUAACACAGGUAUCCGAGCAGAGUAAGUACCACUAAGGUUAACAACCAGAAAGUUUCCAAAAACCAAAUCAUAAUUUUGAAACAUAUAUUUAUUUUUUUAAUGAUUUAAAAUUAAAUUUG